AUGACCUCCCGCCUCGACCGAUUGGUCACAUUACUCGAGACUGGCAGUACUCAAUUAAUUCGAAACACUGCUGCUCAACAACUAGGAGAUGUGCAAAAGCAGCAUCCAGAUGAGCUCUUCAACCUGCUGGGCCGGAUUCUCCCCUAUCUCCGGUCAAAAUCAUGGGAUACUAGAACUGCCGCCGCCCGGGCCAUUGGCUUGAUCGUCUCCAAUGCUGAUGUAUAUGACCCAAAUGAAGAUGAUGGUCUGCAGAUCAAAUCGGCCGCAGAUGAAGAUGAAGUGGAGAUCAAGUCCGAGAUCAAAUCGGAAGAUCACACCCCGGCAGCCGAUGGGUUCCUCCAACUGGACACGCUAGACAUCGCCUCCAUCCUGAAAUACGGCAAACGACUUCUCGGUAGUGCCGGAAAAGAGUAUGAAUACUCGCUGGCUUCGAUGGACCCAGCAGCACGCCUCCAGCACCAGAAGAAGACUCUGAUGGGCCGACUAGGCCUAGCUGGCCAGUAUGUGGAAGAGGAACCGAUUGAUGUCAAGGAGCCGACUCCCAAGCCCGAGACACCAGCUCCAAAGAAGGAAGCUCCCGCUGCGGCAAUCUCCCGCGAAAACACCUUACAGGAUCUGGCAGCUCAGCGGCCAUCUUCGCCUGGCGAUACCGCAAAGGAUGAAUCGGGUUUGAGCAAACGCCAAUUGAACCAGCUCAAGCGGAAGAACAAGCAAAAUGCGAAGAUGGGCGCCAACAAAGUCCGCGUGGUAGACCUGUCUUCACGACGAACAUCGGAGAACGUCACCACUCCUGUGGCCACCCCUCAUCCUGUCAAAGCCGAGAAUGGCGACGAAAAGAAUGGCGACUCCAAGCCUGAUUAUUUCUCGCUUGAGCCAUCCGCGGAAGAUGAUGACUCCAAGCUUGUCACAGAAUUCAAGGGACCCAUCGCACCCGAAAAGCCCAUCAUUCAACCCGAAAUCGUCGACCAAGGCUCCGGAUGGCCUCUAGAAUGCAUGUGCGAAUUUCUGACAAUGGACAUCUUCGAUUCAAACUGGGAGGUCCGACACGGUGCAGCGAUGGCUCUUCGUGAGGUGGUUAGGGUUCAGGGUGCGGCAGCUGGUCGAGUCGAAGGUAAAAGCCGAGAGGAAAACGACUGCCUCAAUCGCCACUGGCUGAAUGACCUGGCUUGCAGGUUACUUUCUGUUCUCAUGCUGGACCGUUUUGGUGACUACAUUUCGGACAAUGUUGUUGCCCCAAUUCGAGAGACCGUCGGCCAGACCCUGGGUGCCCUUUUAUCUCAUUUGUCGCCCAAGGCCGUACGCCAAGUAUACCGAUGCCUUUAUCGGAUCAUCAUGCAGACUGACCUUGGUCUUGAACGACCAGUAUGGGAAGUCUGCCAUGGCGGUAUGAUCGGUCUACGGUACUUAGUUGCAGUACGAAAAGAUCUACUGGUCAAAGACUCCGGCAUGAUGGAUGGUGUUCUCGAGGCUGUGAUGAAGGGCCUGGCAGACUUCGACGACGAUGUGCGGGCUGUGAGCGCCGCAACUCUUGUCCCGAUCGCGGAAGAGUUUGUGACAUCACGGACUGCCACUCUUGGUCCGCUCAUGAACAUUGUUUGGGAUUGUCUAUCCAAUCUGCAAGACGAUCUUAGCGCCAGUACCGGAUCCGUCAUGGAUCUCCUAGCCAAGUUGUGUACCUUCAACCAAGUGUUGGACGCAAUGAAGGCAAACGCCGCGGAUGACCCUGAAGCUUCAUUCGGCAAAUUGGUUCCUCGCCUAUAUCCUUUCCUGCGACACACCAUUACCAGCGUUCGCUCUGCGGUCCUCCGUGCUCUCAUGACCUUCUUGAAGCUGGAGGGAGAGGGAAGUACAGACUGGGUGGAUGGCAAGGCUCUUCGUUUGAUCUUUCAGAAUCUGCUGGUAGAGCGUAAUGAGGGUGUUCUUAAGCUUUCUCUCCAAGUAUGGUCUGAACUGCUGAAGGCAAUUGACAACCGUGGUGCUUUUACCUCAGACCAAGAACUUCCAAGCGCUGUUCAGCCUCUUAUCACUCUAACACUGGGCGCGUUUGGUGUCCCCCGUUUCCCUAUUCCCAUGAACGCUACGCUCUUUAUCAAACCUUCUGGCGUACCAUUCGCCACCACUCCUGUCCCACCUCCUGCCAAAUCAUCACCACCAGCUCCCACUCCCGGCGGUGCCGAAGCCUCCAAACCCGGUCGCAGACGCAAGUCGGAGAAAAAGGAAGCACCGACGCUGCCUUCAGCUCACAAUGUUGAUGGACACAUGUUGUCGGGAGACAUCGAUCUCGUCGGUGCAGACACUAUGCUAAGAUCCAAGAUUUAUGCUUCAAAGGCGCUGGGCGAGUUGCUGAGUGUGUGGGAUAAGCACGGUCUUCAAAGUUUCUGGCCAGAGAUUUUGGAUGGCCUCAAUCUCCCAGCUUCAACAUCUCAGCUUGCCUCAGCCAUGGUCAUGGAAGAGUAUGCUCGUCUUUCUGGACCAGAGAGCAAGCACACUUCUUCCCUAUGCGAAAAGCUUUGCCCAAUCGUCGAAGGCGAACGUCCGUCAUGGUACUCGGAUAUUUCGUGCUAUCUAGCAGUUGCGCGCGCGCAGUGCCACUCGCUGCUUAAUACUUUCCGGGACCACGCGCAUGUUCCACCAUCUAGACUACCAACACUGGCCGUCGUUGUCCAGGGCGAUGCUGAGGCGGGGCCGAACGCAUUCUGUCUGGCAGAUGCCGAGAAGAUCGUUGGUCCCGAUUUUGAUCGCCUAAAGAAGAACCUGACCCCAGCGCAGCGUAUCACUGCCACCCAGGUUCUGAACGACACGCGUGCCACGGCGCAAUCUGCUGUUAACGAGGCAAACCUGAUCAGAGAACAGCGGGACAUGCGCGUUGUGGCAGCCGCUGCUGGUGCACUCGUCGCCCUGCGGGAUAUUCCCAAGCGACCUGGUCACAUUAUCAAGGGCAUGAUGGACAGCGUUAAGAAAGAGGAGAACUUUGAGCUCCAGCAACGUUCCGCAACAGCGGUUGCAAGCCUCAUUGAGCACUACACAGCGGCCACCAAACGUGGACCAGUUGAUAAGAUUAUUAGCAACUUGGUCAAAUAUUGCUGUGUGGAUACAUCCGAGACACCUGAAUUCCCCCACAAUGCUCAACUGGAGCAAUCCAUCUUGUCACUUCGGAAGGAGGAAGACCGACGAGACCACCCAGAUGCUGCCAAGUUCGAGCGGGAGGCUAAAGAGGCCAGGAUCAUGCGCCGUGGUGCAAAGGAUGCACUGGAACAGUUGGCCGUAAAGUUCGGUGCCGACCUCCUGGAGAAGGUGCCCAACCUUGCAUCAGUGGUCGAGCAACCGCUGAAGACUGCCCUUGAGGGUGAUUUGCCUGAGGAUAUCACCAACUCAGAGAACGAGCUUGGCCAGGAAAUCGUCGAUGGGCUGUCUACAUUACGGGCUCUUCUUCCCAAGUUCGACCCCGGUCUGUAUUCUUGGGUUGUCGGUCUCAUGCCAAUUAUCGCGAGAGCUCUGCAAUGUCGUCUUUCGGUGAUUCGCUACGCCGCCGCAAAGUGCUUCGCUACCAUCUGCAGCGUUAUUACCGUGGAUGGCAUGACAAUGUUGGUGGAGAAAGUGUUGCCGACGAUCAAUCACCAGUUGGAUGUUCACCACCGACAAGGUGCUAUCGAGUGCAUUUACCAUCUUAUACAUGUGAUGGAAGAUGGAAUUCUACCCUAUGUCAUCUUCCUCGUUGUUCCCGUACUGGGUCGCAUGAGUGACUCCGACAAUGAUGUCCGUCUCCUGGCAACUACCUCAUUUGCAACCCUCGUCAAGUUGGUGCCUCUCGAGGCCGGUAUUCCAGACCCCCCUGGUUUCUCUGAGGAGCUGCUCAAGGGCCGUGACCGAGAGAGGAAGUUCAUGGCCCAGAUGCUGGAUGCACGCAAGGUGGAGGCAUUUGAAAUCCCAGUCGCCAUCAAGGCUGAGCUUCGACCUUACCAGCAAGAUGGUGUUAACUGGCUCGCCUUCCUUAACCGGUAUAAUCUCCACGGUAUUCUUUGCGACGACAUGGGCCUUGGAAAGACUCUUCAGACCAUUUGCAUUGUCGCCAGUGAUCACCACAUUCGAGCGGAGGAGUUUGCCAAAAGUCAAGCUCCGGAUUCUCGCAAGCUUCCGUCCUUGAUUAUCUGCCCGCCCUCGCUCUCUGGACAUUGGCAGCAAGAAGUCAAGCAAUAUGCUCCAUUCCUCAAGUGCAUUGCCUACGUCGGUCCUCCGGCGGAACGAGCAAGGCUCCAGGCCCAAAUUGCCUCGUCAGAUAUUGUCGUCACAUCCUACGACGUCUGCCGCAACGACAAUGAUGUCGUCAACCCGAUCAACUGGAACUACUGUGUUCUUGACGAAGGUCAUCUGAUCAAAAACCCCAAGGCAAAGAUCACGACUUCAGUCAAGAGGCUGCUCAGUAACCACCGCUUGAUCCUUUCUGGCACACCUAUUCAGAAUAAUGUUCUUGAGCUCUGGUCUCUGUUUGACUUCUUGAUGCCUGGUUUCCUGGGUACCGAGAAGGUCUUCCUGGACCGUUUCGCCAAGCCUAUCGCAGCCAGUCGCUUUAGCAAAUCCUCGUCCAAGGAACAGGAGGCUGGUGCUUUGGCCAUUGAAGCCUUGCACAAACAGGUGCUGCCAUUCUUGCUCCGUCGUCUGAAGGAAGAGGUGUUGAACGACUUGCCUCCGAAGAUUAUCCAGAACUACUACUGCGACCCAAGUGACUUGCAGAAGAAACUCUUCGAAGACUUUACUAAGAAGGAACAAAAAGAGUUGCAAGACAAGGUGGGCAGUGGAGAGCGUUCCGACAAGGAGCACAUCUUCCAAGCUCUGCAGUACAUGCGUCGUCUGUGCAACUCGCCUGCACUGGUUGUCAAAGAAGGCCAUAAGCAGUACAACGAAGUUCAGACCUUCUUGACUAACAAGCGCUCGAAUAUCAGGGAUGUCUCACACGCUCCCAAGCUUACUGCCCUCCGUGACCUUCUCGUCGACUGCGGCAUUGGCCUUGAUCACUCAGCCGAGGGCGAGCUGGAUACAGGUGCCAGCUACGUCAGCCCACACCGUGCUCUUGUCUUUUGUCAAAUGAAGGAGAUGCUGGAUAUUGUUCAGAAUGACGUGCUUAAGAAGCUACUUCCAUCCGUCCAAUACUUGCGCCUUGAUGGUGGUGUCGAGGCUACUAAGCGUCAAGACAUUGUCAAUCGUUUCAACACCGAUCCCAGUUAUGAUGUGCUCCUUCUGACCACUAGCGUUGGUGGAUUGGGUCUCAAUUUGACUGGAGCCGAUACCGUCAUCUUCGUCGAGCAUGACUGGAACCCGCAGAAGGAUAUCCAGGCCAUGGAUCGCGCUCAUCGUAUCGGUCAGAAGAAGGUCGUUAACGUGUACCGCCUGAUCACGAGAGGUACCCUGGAGGAGAAGAUCUUGAACCUACAACGAUUCAAGAUAGACGUCGCCUCAACAGUAGUCAAUCAACAAAACGCUGGCCUAGGCACAAUGGAUACAGACCAGUUACUAGACCUCUUCAGUCUCAGCGAAACAGCAGAAACGGCCGAGAAACCUGGCGAACAAGCCGGCAACGAAGUCGACAUGGUUGACAUAGACGGCGAAGUCAAGGAGAAGGGCAAGAAGGGCUGGCUCGACGACUUAGGCGAACUUUGGGACGACCGCCAGUACCAGGAGGAAUACAACCUGGAUUCAUUCCUGGAGACGAUGAAAGGUUGA